AUGAAACAGGUGCAUCGGACGAUACCAACGAAUUUCAUACACCUUUGGAUGCCGAAGGCCUUUGUCAGCUCGGCCAGCACCCCAGCCACAGCCUCAAUGCGAUGCGAAACCGAGUCGACCAUGUCACCCCUCCCCCUCACAUGCACGGCCGUCGGCGAGUUGAGCUCUGACGAAGAAGCUAUUGGUUGGUCAAUGGCGUCGCGAGGUCGAUCAAGUUGA